AUGUGGAGUGGACUGUUACCUCCAGGACUGACUGAAAGCGAUGUUGAAUUAAGUUCUGAUGAUGGUGAUGAAUCGCAUGGUUCCUUCUCAAAGGAAGAUGGAAAAGUUGUUGAAGGUGUUCAGGUUCCAGAAUUGCAAGAGAAUGGACCUGAAAGUAAUGCCACCAGGGAACCUGUUGUGAUAUCGAUGAUACCUGAAGAAAAUGAAUCUCAGCCAUGCCCUUCUGGAGUUUCUUUACAUGUGUGGAACAAAUUUCUCGAGCUCCAGAAGAAAAGUCAUGAAAUGAAAACCCAAGCAAAACAGGAAAGCAAAGGCCGGAAAAGAAAGCGCUGCAGAAAAGGAAAACAGAAGCAGAGCGAUGAAGUGACUAAGAGCAGCCAACAGUUGGCAAAUGAAGAGAAAUGGAAAGAACUUACACAAUACUUUGGAAUCAAUGAUAGAUUUGAAUCACCUGUGCAUAGCAGGGCUCCACAAAAGUCUGGCCUUGAACUUAGCAUAGAGAAGUCUGUGGCUGAAGGUGACAUUGAUAAGGCUGAGGAGCUGAGUGAUAGAUUAGCCGCUCGUGAGCUUGGUGUGAAAAUUGCCAAAGCUGCUGCUUGCCGCAACUUUGUAAAAGCCAAGCAAGAAGCAGAGGCUGCCCAAGAAGCUCAAAAGAAAAAGAAGCUUGCUUGGGGAUUUGAAGCCAAGAAAAGGUGGGAAACAAAGAGCAACAUGGGAUACAUGUAAUCUAUCCUGUUUUCCUCAGGACUUAAAUACCUGUUUUUACUCGAAGAAUUUUUGUGGGCGCUCUGUGGGCAACUUCUUAAAUCUAAACACAAAAGAAACCCAAAAACAAACCCCAGCACAUCAAAUUCCUUGUGUUUCUCUUAACGCUGUUAGAUUGCAGCAUCUUGUUUUGUCUCUCUCUUAUAAUGUAGUAAAAAUACUAUCUAAA